AUGUAUCUGCUUUCCUCUAGAAUUUUUGAGGUGACUUGUUGCAGAAACACACCUUGUCUUGCCUUCUCAUUCCAAAACAGCCAUUGGAUUGUAUCUUGCUGGUGUGUAUCCAAGGAUUUUUUUGGAAAGUGUCAAAGGUUUUGGGCAUUAGGCAUGAAUUGGGCGACCUUCUUCCAUUUUUUUGUUCGGCCAAAACGGUUUUUCCCGGACGCGGCUUGUCCUGCAUCUCUUCCUUCCAUCUCUUCUUGUGGUUGCCUUUUCCCGAAUUCUUGUGUCCACGCUAGCCUUUGCUCGCUUAAAAAAUCUCAUCCGAAAGGCUUCCUUCGCACACCAACAAAAUGGAUAGGGUCACGUUUUUUGGUGUUUUCAGGACUCUCCUCCAGCUGUAAAAGGUUUCUCGACACCUAUGGGUUUUCUUUGUUUGCCAGACCCACUCGAAAUUUCGGUUGGCGUCAGAAAAUCGCUAGGGUGUAGUGCGUUUUGGUGAAUCUGGCUUGGUGUCCUGCUAGAUGUGAGGAUCGUCGGUGCUUUCUUGGUGUGGCAACGAAACUUUGACAAAACUACUUCCUCUAGGUCCACUUCCAAAGUCUCCGGCACCAAAGAUCGGCCAACGGCAAAGGCCAAAUUCUCAGCCAUCCAUUCUCUGGCUCAUUGUAGGCCUUUUUCUGUCGCGCCAGACUUUUUUUUUUCCUGUUAUCAUACGGGCACCCCAAGCCAUGUCGAUUUUGACUUUUGGCCAGCCUGCAAGAAGGAAACAAGAGUCCAAGCUGUUCGCAAGAGCUAUGCAUUCCCUCUUAAGCAGUUAAACUACAGACAGACCUUUGCCUUUCUAGAGACCACUUUCAGCGGGGUCGCACCUCAGCUGCUGUGGUCGAAACCCCUUCACCUUCACACGUGUACAUAGAAACCUUGCUUCGGUACAGCAUCGUUGUAGCACCUACUUGCACAUGGUAUGGAGAUGCUUGUUGGGGCAAUUGGCAUUGUCUGCCAUAUGGCCUCUGAAGCUUUACCAAACCCUUUUCGUGUUUGGAAUUGGGAAACCACCUUGUUGUAGAUCUUUGUAUUCAUCGUGCAGUUGCCCGUUUCUAGCUUGAUGCAAACUCUGUGUUGUCCAGUAUGUAACCUUUGUGUCUUUCGGGAAAAUGGAAGUCUUUCGACAAAAUUUGAUUAAUUUUAUACACUAGGGAAAAUGAAAGCAAAGGCAAUAUAGUUGGGUUCAUCGAGGGCGACAAGAGAUCGUAUCAGUUAAGUUGUAUCUCCUUUGGCCUUUGCUCUACUAGAGAACUGAGUAUUGGCGAAGUGUUUAAGUCGUAAACAGAGCGAAAGAUCAGAUACUUCAUCCAUCCACUGAUCGCUCAAGGAUAUAGGGAACGUUUCUUAGACUCGGUAUUAAAAUUCUCAAACACAAGCGAGGUGCACGAGGGUAGUAUGCGUAUAUUCAUUUUGCUUGAUUUUGUUUUUCGUCUCCUUGAUUACUUUUUGGUCGUGGUAAUAUUUAUCUUUCAAAUUGGCAAGUCUGGGCGUGUUACUUUUCUUGAAACGUCUGGCCGAUGUUGUGAUAACUAGUAAGUGUUAACUUUUCCAGGUGAACGUCGAGAGUGGCACCAAACGUGUUGCCAAGGAUACGCGCUCGCUUUCUGGUGGCGAGCGAUCCUUUUCUACCGUAUCGUUCAUUAUGGCUUUGUGGGAGGCAAUGGAAUCACCUUUUAGAUGUCUUGACGAAUUUGACGUUUUCAUGGUUAGUGCGAUAGGGAGUUGGAUUCGGUUAUUAGGACAUUAAAGGAACUGUGUCAUUAAAUUUAUCAAAAUUCCUUUAGUGGGAACUGACUCCAAACUUGGUGGAACGUAAAAAACUGGUUCAAACAUGAAAAAGGGUAUAAAUAACACAGCAAAUUCAAAAGGAGGCAAAAACAAAAAACAAACUUGAAGAAGAUUGAAACGGAUUGCAAUUGAGAACUUGUUAGCCGAACAGUUUUUCAAACAUGUUUGUUCGCCACGAAGCUCUGAUUUUGUCACUUGAGUCAUAAUUAAGUUCCAUAGCAAAUAAAGACGCGUCAGUGGCAUUAUGAGCAAAAUGAACUCGACAGCCGUGACACAGGCCUUUUAAUACCAAGCCAUCUUCCGAAUUUGUCACAUUCGGCGUAACCUGUACAGUUUUAACCACAAAUGUCUGUUAGUGUUCGGUCAGUUAGUAAAACACACCCUGUUGCAAUUGUUAAAAAGAUUAAGAGUCACUUUUACGGUAAACUUAAUUGUCAGUUUGUACCCUCUGACCCCACUUGUCGCCAACUGUUUAUCAUAUCUGCAGGAAAGUAAAACGUUUCAAGCCAGUUUUAUCCGUAAGAAUUAAUUUUAAACACUUUUCAUUUCCUAAUGUUACAAAUUUUCAACUUGAAUUUAGCUUUCACCUUAUCCUGAUUCUCAAUCUGUCUACAGUGGAACCUCGAUAUAACGAAGUGCCACGGGACUGGCAAAAUUUGUUCGCUAUAACGAGGUUUCCUUAUAUCGAGGUCCUUUUUCAUGUAUUUUACAAUUACUGGGGUAAACAAAGUCGUUCGUAAUACUGAGGACUUCGUUAUAUAGAGGGUCGUUAUAUCGAGGUUCCACUGUACUCACUUUUUCAACUUUUGGUGGGUUUGGGAAAUUGGAAGGAAGAGGGGAAAAUGCACUAAUUUUCGACGUGACGAGGUAGAAAAGAGCUCUCUUUUAUGAACAAGGUAAAACUACUCUGAAAACUCCGAGCGUGUGAGGAUGUCUUAAUGUCUUUUUGUUAUUGGUAGGACAUGGUAAAUAGGCGAAUUAGUAUGGAAAUGAUGUUAAAGGUGGCCAAAGAACAACAAGAAAGGCAAUUUAUCCUUCUUACUCCUCAGGACAUGAGGUAGGUGACCGGCGUGAAAUGUCAUUGUUAUAUACUACUUAUUAACCAAGGCCGAGGUCUGAGAUUUUCCUGUAAGAACCGAACGGAAGAGGUUAAUAAGUUAUAUAAUAUAAUAUGGCCUGUUUAGCGCUAUUCUUAAAAUGACUACAGUCGAACAUCUCCACAACGGCCACCUUGGGGACUGAAGAAAGUAGCCGUUCUGGAUAGUUGGCCGCUAUGGGGAGGUAGGGGUGUAAAUAUGACCAAAUUAUUUUAGGGAGUACAACAUGUUGAUCAUGCUAAGCUCACGCUUACUGUAUCCCAUGAUGGUAAUCCAGUUAUAAAUAAUAUAUAGAGAUAAAAUGUGGAAAUAAAUUCGAAUAAUGUUUUGAAUCAAAAUGUUAAUAAAACGAGCAAGGUUGGCAACACUGGCUUUAAGUAGCGUAAACAAUUUAUGCUUACUGCAGCAGCAUAAAUAAAAAAAAUCGAAGUAGGAUUGCCGCGAUUAAUCAUCAACGCGCCAUACGAAUCACAUUUCAUGGCCAGUCUUGACUUUUUCAUCAGUCGCUUAUUUUUCUGACCGUUGUCGAGAGGUUAUUUUGACAGUAGGGGUCACACUUUUGUGGUCGUUGCCGUUUGAGGGAGGUGGCUGUUGUUGAGAGGUUUAAACAAGAGCCAAUGUAUGGAUUAUCCGCCGGGACAGAAAAUUAAUUGCCGUUCUGGAGAGGUGGCCGCUAUAAAAAACACCGGAAGUAAUUUUCAACAUCCGCCCGUAAGAGGUCAUUCGAGGUCGUGCUCACUGAACCGAAACGAACCUAGCGAUGCAAUGGAGUUUCUUUGUCAAUAAGAAAUUCUGACCUGACCCCGCGAUCAAUUAAAAACCAAUAACUGGUCAGCGGAUAACAUAAAAGACACGUUACCUCAAUGAGUUUACACUUGAGCCCGCGAUACAGUCAUGUGACACUGGUCAGCGGAUAAAAUGUUUUGACAACUGUCAAUAGGCCUUUCGUAUUAGUUAUUCAUGUGAUCAACUUUCGGUAAACAUGAAAACAGUUCGCUUUUGAAAAAUUUUGUUAGCACGAGCUGAAAGAGCAUAUUAAAAUAAGGUAACCUGUUAAUUUUCAGCCUUAUAUUUCAAACGUAGCGAUCGCAACGGCGGCCUAAAACUAGAAGUAUUAGUAUGAGGAAAACAACUCUUGCCACCCAGUCUCGCAAGUGUCCGUAUUAACGGGGUUUGGAUGUAGACAAUUGAUAACUAAGAUGCAGACAGACCGUAUAUAGAAAUAGUUAGACAGAGAUGUUACUUAAGUAAUAGGCAGGAGAAAGCAGAAUUCAAAUAAAAUGCAUUUCGUGUUAUAGUCGAAGACAGCUUUUUAGGUGUACUGUCUUAGCGGUGAAAUCGAAAAGCCGUCUUGUGUUCCUUGCGUUCUCCUCACAGCUUCAGAAGUUAUCAUUUGCCUUUGUUUUGCAGAGAAAUUAAGAGAAAAAUACUAAAUCAGCUUAGUGAAAAAACAGACGUAAAGAGGCAGUGUUACCAUACACAUGUAGAAUGCGAGCAGUCUCUCUUGGCGCGAGAAACGAGGGCAGCAGUCACGCGUGUGGUCAUUUUCGUCUCGCGCGUUUCACUCGACGGAGUAAGGAAAAAGAGAGACUGCUCGUAGUCUAUGCGCAUGCAAAUGUUCUUGUGGCAAUAAGCGGUACUGCUUAAUUUCCAGUACGGUUUUGAUUGUUUCAUAUGGCUGUUGUUUUGGGGACGAUUAUUAACUGUUAACCAACAACUUUUUUAUUUUCAGUUCCAUAGGACAGAGUAAAAGAGUAAAGAUAUUCAAAUUACAAGAUCCCGAACGAGGACAGACAACCUUAAACUUUCAAGCGCCCGAUCCAUAGAUCUGCGUCCGUCUGACCAGAAGCAUAUCACUCCCAAAUCCUCUUAUUACAUAGUUUUUUUUUUUCCAAGUUGUUGUUCAAAAAAUUUAUUGGAAAAUAAAUUAAUUGGCCAAUUGGGGGUCAUUAGAGUUUUUAAUAAUCAAUGCAUUAUGUAAAUUACGUUCAAGAUUUUUACAGAAAAGUUUACAGUGAAAGUUAGAAGACAAGAGUAUAGUUAAAGAAAAAAAAUAAUGGCACAAGGUCAAAGUGAAUUUCAAUAUUUGGUGAUGUUACGGAACAUCAUCCUCAAAAUUUGUUUGAAGCAAGCAGUAGUUAAG